CCUGUUGCUACGAGCGCUGACGAGUGCGGAGGAAUGGGACAUGGGCGGAGUCGCAGACUGUAAGUUUCGUACUCCAUUCGCUCAGCUGGCAGCGUACGCGUCGUCUCGCGGACGCUUUGAACUUGCGUUGCAGCCUCACGCUGCACGUGAGGCAGCCAACACAGCACCUGUUUCAAAUGCUACAGUUGUCAGAAGAGCAGCGCUUAGUCUGAACAUGUAUCCUCGCAGAAAUUCCAGGAGUGACAGUGCCGACUAUAUGUCUGACGAAAGUGAAAUCGACUUGGAUACCGUCCGACAGUCGGUGAAAUUGCGGAAAAGAGUGGCCUUCUUCAGAAGUGCCAGUGACGACAGUGAUGUUAGUGAAGAGCUUCCCGACGGACACUGUCACCGCAAGCCUGACUGCGUGCGGAACAAGAAUUUUGCAGACACUCCAGCUGGUGUGUGGAACCAGUAUGAGUCGAGAACAGGAUACCGCUGUGAGUACGUGGGCAGCUUCGAAGUGGCCGACAACGAGUCCUGCUCAAACCCAGAAUUGCAACAAGCGCAACUCGACAUGCUUCGUAAAGCACCUCUGAAAAAGGCUGUGUCUGUCCUGGUGACCCUCUCAGGGAUCAAGAUAUGCAGCACCGAUGGCAAGACUGUUUUGAUGGCCCACGCUGUGCGGCGUAUCUGCUGGGCGACCUGUAACCCGGGCCACUUCCAGUUCAGUUUCCUGGCCCGCGAACCCAAACCCAGGUCGGCCCAACGUUUCUGCCACGUCUUCAGAACCCAGAGUCCACGACAAGCGGAAGACCUAAGUUCACUGGUAGGAUCCGCAUUUCGCAUGGCGUACGCGAGGCAGCUUCAGCAGCAGAGGCGACAACAGAGUGCGGCUCUAGGCACUGUGGUGUCGCUCUCGGGCCUCCGAUCAUCUUCAGCCAGCCCAGGGGCCUCUAUGGACGUGCCGUCGUCCCCAGAUGAUGACCCCACUUCGCUGGGCCAGGACGCCGGUUGUCUCUCUGCCCCGGAAGCCACCCCACCCACGGCCUUUACUAAAGUUUGGGCAAAGAAAGUUGCGGGCCGAACGAAGCACCGAGAACCAAUGGUCGACAGCUUCGUAGAUCAGAAUGGACAUGCCGUUCAGCAGCAGCUAAACAACGCCGUCAACACGCGACGGAAAGAAAACAACCUCUUCAACGAUGUUCGAACAGCAGCUUCCGCAUCUUUGCCUGGAAGUCCGAGGCAUUUCCUUCCCCUGAGUGAGCUACGGAGAACGCCCAGUGGCGACACGGGGCUCUGGUCGCCGUCUAGUAACGAAGACAACAGCUCCCCAACGGAGUUCAACUGCUGUCGGAAGCUCACGGAUAAGCCACCAUUGGGCAAGAAGAUGGAAGACAGUUGGCAAGCUAAUGGCGUCCAGCUCAUUGCCAAUGUAUGGGAGAAGACCACGGCGUCUGUGGUUGGGGAGGCCGCAGCAGGCGAAAGGAAAACCGGCUCACACAACGGCGACGCGUCUACUGAAUCGAGCAACUCCACUCGUGCGGGUGCCGCGCACAGCACGGACACCGACACGUGGUCCACGAAUGGUUCCCGCGACGAGGGCUGUCACGGUGCCGGAGGAUACACCGUCGACCUCCCCGCAGAAACCAGCAGUAAGCGGACAUCGACAACGAGCACUGACCAAAAUCUUUCGCCUGUGUUACGGCCGCCUCCUGGCACCGACGCGACGCCCAGUCGAACGCUGCCUCUACCGAUGGACGCAAAGAAGAGUAUCUUUCCAACACCAGCUCCACCACAAAGGCAUGAUUCCCUAAGUGGUAACCUCAACGAGGAACAAGAGCUGCGAGGUGCUCCCUGGUUCCAAGCAGGCAUCCCAAGAGAGAUUGCACUGGAAGUACUUGGACAAGAACCUAUUGGGUCCUUCAUGGUAAGGAAAAGUACAACAAAGCCUGGCUGUUUCGCCCUCUCCUUGAGGGUUCCGAGGAGCUUUCAACCAACGGGCAUUUCACACUACCUCAUCAUGCACACCAACAAGGGCUACAAGAUCAAGGGCUUCACCAAGGAAUUCACUACACUCACGUCCCUUAUCACCCACCACUCUGUGAUGCCCGAGCUUCUGCCAUGUCCGCUGUCCCUGUACCGUUACAACUCGAGCUUUCGUCGGCAUGGUUCUGCAGAGGACUUGGUCGACAUAGACGACGACCCCGAUUACAACCUUCUCUCAGACUUCCGCAAGAUGAUGGCCGACGCUGUUUGAUUUUUAGCCGAGCGUCUGCUAGUUAACGCACGUGAUUGUAUCAAGGCUGGGGAAGAGUGCUAUCAUAGUGUGCUUUCAAGCAAAGACCAUCAGCCUGUCCUGGCCUCUCUGCAUUUGCUAACAGACGACAACAGGGGUGUCGCAUUUCACACCUGCGAUGUGACAGAAGGCUGCGAGAUGAGGGAAAUGGCAUCUAUUCACGGCUUGCAAGAUGUUUCUCAUGUGAUAUUAGAUUUUCAGAUUUACGAGUGCAACGGAGAGCGGACUCCUUUGCAGACUUUGCUGCACUGUUCUGAAGGGUGGCUAUGAAUGAAAUAAAGCCUUACAUUU